CCCAUUUUCUUUAUUCAUCAUCAGAUUCUUCACUGAUAGGUCACAAAACUUGUAGAAGAUCCAAUCAAUGCUAACUUCGUUGUAAACUUUCUCUAUCAAAGUUUGGGUUUUUCUCAUAUUUCAAGCUCUCCUUUUUAACCCUUCAAUUUCCUUCCGAAAUUGCUUACUAAAAGUCCCACUCUUUUAUCUUCUCAAAGGUUUCAGUUUGUUAGGGUUUAUUGGGUUCGAUCCAGGGUUAAAUUCUUGCUUUUGAGGUCAGAUCAGAGCUCAAAUUGUUUUUUUUAUGGUCCUCUUUUCUUUUCAUUUUUCGGGUAGGAUUUUGGAGUCUGUUGGUAGCUGUUUGAUUUAUUGACUUUCGGGAUUGAAUUUGUUGAUUUAAGGUGGUUUAGAUUGGGUUUUGGGGUGCCACAUGUAGGCUUAUUGAAACUAGGUUAAAUUUUAGAGGGUUCCCAUUUUAAGAAUUCGGGGGUUUUAUGUCAUAAUCAGAGAAAAAAAAAGUGAUCUUAUUUUUCUGGGUAUGGUUUUGAUUUGGUGGCUUUUAAUGUAUAACCGUUAAGGGGUCCUCUGCUUUUCGUUGUAGAGGAUCCCUAUUUGAAAAUUUCAUGUAUUUUAAGUUAUCAAUCUCGGAAAGGUCAGGUGAAACUUAGCAAGUACUUCCAAUUGCUUGAAUUUAGUGCUUUUGUGGUGGAAAAAGGAGGAAAAAAAAAUCAAGUGGGAAAAUUGUUGUAUUUGUAUUUGGCAUCUCUGAAAAAUUGUGGAGGAGAUGUUCGGUUCUGGUCCAGAUACCGGCCAUGGCAAUAGUGGAGUUUCAGGGCCCCUUUUGAUUCCAAUGCGGUUCGUUUGGCCUUAUGGGGGAAGAAGGGUGUUUCUUAGUGGCUCCUUUACUAGGUGGUUAGAGCAUAUACCUAUGUCUCCAAUGGAGGGUUGCCCUACUGUAUUCCAAGUUAUUUGUAGCUUAAGUCCUGGAUAUCAUCAGUUUAAGUUCUUUGUUGAUGGUGAAUGGCGGCACGAUGAGCACCAGCCCUUUGUAAACGAUAAUUAUGGUAUAGUUAACACCAUCUUUAUAGCUAGGGAACCAAAUUUGGUUGCUCCUAGUUUUAAUCCUGAGACCCCGGGCAGAUCCAACAUGGAUGUUGAUGAUGCUUUUGUUAGUUCGGAACCAGUUCCAACCGUAUCUGAUGCUGAUUUAGAGGCCUCUCGUAAUCGUGUAUCCGCUUUCUUGUCUGGACACACUGCGUAUGAGUUGCUUGCGGAGUCAGGCAAGGUUAUUGCCUUGGAUGUUAAUAUAGCUGUGAAGCAAGCAUUCCAUAUUCUGUAUGAACAGGGAAUUCCUGUGGCUCCUCUCUGGGAUUCUUGCAAGGGCCAGUUUGUUGGAGUUCUUAGUGCAUUGGACUUCAUUCUUAUCUUAAGAGAGCUUGGGAAUCAUGGUUCAAAUUUGACUGAGGAAGAACUAGAGACACACACGAUAUCAGCUUGGAAGGAGGGAAAGGUGUAUCUUGGCAGACAGAUUGAUGGCAAUGCUAGGUCAUAUCCUAGAUGUCUUGUUCAAGCUGGGCCAUAUGAUUCUUUGAAGGAUGUUGCUCUGAAGAUUUUGAAAAGUAAGGUAGCUACUGUUCCUAUCAUGCAUUCUACGUCACAGGAUGGUUCAUCACAGCUGCUACAUCUUGCCACCUUGUCUGAAAUACUAAAAUGUAUUUGCAGACAUUUUAAGCAUUCUGCUAGCUCCUUGCCUAUCCUUCAACAACCAAUUUGUUCAAUUCCGUUGGGAACUUGGGUACCAAACAUUGGGGAACCAAAUGGUCGGCCAUUGGCAAUGCUGCGACCAACUGCCACUCUUGGUGCUGCCUUAUCAUUGUUAAUUCAAGCUGAGGUAAGUUCGAUACCAAUAGUGGAUGAGAAUGACUCGUUGCUUGACAUAUAUUCACGAAGUGAUAUAACUGCUUUGGCUAAGGAUAAAGCUUAUGCACAAAUUCAUCUUGAUGAAAUGAGUGUUCAUCAGGCCUUGCAACUGGGUCAAGAUGCAAAUUUUUUCAAUGGACAAAGAUGUCAGAUGUGUCUAGGAUCGGAUACUUUGCACAAAGUGAUGGAGCGGCUGGCAAAUCCAGGGGUUAGGAGACUUGUGAUUGUGGAAGCCGGCACCAAGCGUGUAGAAGGAAUAGUUUCGUUGAGUGAUGUCUUUAGGUUCUUGCUUGGUGUUUAGCUCAAAAAACCCUUUGAGGGUCACUACAUUGGACAUCGUGGAAUAUCCAUUAAUGCCAUCGACUUUGGUUUUCCUCAUCCAUCCAUCCAUCCAUCUCUCAUAUGGUGUCUUCUUAUCUGUUACUCUUUACAGUCUUUUGAUUGGCAGGGCUUCAUCACUCUGAGCCCAAUCCUUUUUUUCUUUCUUCUUUAGGAUAGAAAGUUUCAAAAAGCAAGAAGUGAAUUUGUAAAUUGUGAGAAGUCAAAAAUUUUUCCUUUCAUUUUAACUCAACCAUGCUGCCAAAACCGCAGCUCUCAUGUCUAUGCUAACAGAAAAGAUUGAAACCCCAAAGUGAGGGAAAGAAAAAAAUAGUGAAAGGGGGGGGGGGGUUAAAAUUGAAUGGUGGUGGUACCCUGUGGUGGUGUUGUGAUGUAGCUAAAAAAGUGGGGAGUUGCUUUUAGCUUUCUGAUCUCCUUUGCUUCUAUACAGUCUUCCCUGAAAACAUUCGACAUCUAAGGUAAUGGUUGCAUUUUCAUGUUUAUGUUGGUUCAA